AUGGGUGAUGGGGGGUUGGUGGCGCCCCUGGGCGGGGGUGGCAGGGGGGCUGGGCCGGGUCCAGGCGGAGCGCGGGAUGAGCUGCGGUGUGGCAGUGGUACGGUGCGGGGAGGUAGGCGGCGGAGCAGGUGGGGAGCGGAACGCGCGAAGGGCGGGUGGUCGCUAGGGGGUUCGGGGCGGGGUCGGUACCGUGGGGUUGGGGAUGGUCGAGCGGGUAGGCUGAGGUCGGGUGGGGGUGGGGGUCUGGUGGCGGGGCGGAGUCGAUAUGAGGGGGGUCCGACCGUCGUGUUACUCGGGCGGGGCGGUGGGGCGGAGGGAGAGUUUGCGGUUGGGGUCGCGCGGAGGGGAGUAGGGGCGAGUGGGCGGGAGGGGGGCCCGUUGCGGUGGGUGGGGGAGGGGGUGAGUGAGGCGACCGGGGGGAGGACUGGUGCGUGUCAGUGGGUGGGGAAUAAGGGGGGCGAGAGUGGGUGCGGGGGGUCUGCGGGGCGGGGGUUGGGGUCGUGGGAGGGAACGAGGGGGGUAUCGGGAGUCGGGGAGGCAGGUUGGGGGGGGGGGUGGCGGGGUGGGAAAGGCAGGAGCGCGAACGUGGGGUGGGAGAUAGGGGGCAGGUGGGGGGAAGCAGGGGAACAGGGGGGGAGAGGGGGGGGGCGGGUUACCCGGAAGCGGGGGGGUGGGGAGGUCGGGUGUGUUUUAACCCACACCUCCCCAGUGGGGUGUCUGGGUUGGGAGGUGGUGAGGGGGGAGGGUGGGGAGGGGUGGGGGGGGGAGGUGUGGGGGGGUGGGGUCGGGAGGGUGGGGGAGGAGGGGGGAGGAGGGAUUGGGCGGUGUUUUGAGGGACAGGGGCAGGGGGGCGGGUGGGGCGGGGGGUGUACUUUGCGGGGUCGUGGGCAGGGGGGUUGGGGUUGCUUUGAGGACGGGGCAGUGGGGUUGGGGGGUGCGCGGGGCGGGGGGGGGCUAUGGGUGAGUGCUGGGGGAGAGGGGGGGGGGGGCGGUAGUUUGGGGGGGGGGGGCAGACGGGGGGAGAUGCGUGGGGGGGGUGUGCGGUGGUUGUUUUGA